ACGUCAACGUCAAAUUCCAACUUCCAACGUCAAAUCAGAAAGACAAUUUGGGAUUUUGGCCUGUUGUUGCUAUUGGUAAUGUAAAUAAUUUAAUAAAAUUGGUUAUUGAUAUUUGAGAGCAAACUGCAGAAAUAGAUUUAUUGGUGGUUGUUUUAAAUUUGAAUAAUUGAAGGGAGGCUUCAAACUCUAAGGUGCAUUAGCUUCAAGCUGCAAGCUUAGUAAUCAUGGAUGAUUUACAAAAAUCUUUAGACCAGUAUGAAGAACAGCUGGCUAUGGUAAACCUAUCACUGGAAACUGUAAAUGAAUCUGCAGAAAGGGAGUCUCUUCUAUCUUUGAAAUCCGAUUUAGAACAACUUAUACAAUUGACUAGAGAAAAUUUAGAUGCUUUAGUGACUAAAGACACAGACACUACAGAGACCACUCAAUCUUCUGAAACUAAAGAUGAAUUGGAUGAUGAGUAUGCUUUGUUUAUGCAAGAGAUGGCUAAAAGUGGUGCAUAUGAAACAUCUAAAGAGGCUACACGUGAAAACUCUAAAGAAACACCUGAUGAUGCUGACAGUGAUAUAGAGGAUGAGUUGUCCUCACUACUGGGCAUGAAGUGUGCUGUGUAUCACACACACAGGUGGGGUGGUCAACCUGGACUUUACAAUGCUAUGGUCAGUGCUGUAGUACCACGGCAAGAUGAGGAUCAGUUCCAAGACCUACAGGUCCGUGUCCUAUUCACACAUCCCACUCAUGCAGAGAUGUUGCCUUGUCCGUUUUAUCUUGAUGGUGAAUGUAAAUUUAGUGAUGAACAGUGUAGAUAUUCUCAUGGUGCUAUAGUACAAUUAUCGAAUUUAAAAGAAGCUAUAGAACCUGACUUCAGUUCAAUUAGAGUAGGAAGCAGAAUAUUGAUGAAAAUUAAACCACCAGAUGAUGAGGAUAUAAGUUUAGCAAAAAAGUCCACUGAAAAGUACCACCUAUGGCAUAGAGGUAUCAUUAAGAACAUUGAUUUAGAGAAACGGAUCUGUUCUGUAAGGUUGGAGCAUGGUGUACAGGCAGGAGAGAAAAGGAAACAAGGCAGUGAUGAAUAUAAAGUUAAAAUCGAGGAUAUUUUUCCAUUAAAUAAUGAUGAUGAAGAUGAAAGUGAUGACUCAGAUGAUAGUUUGAGUGAUACAGAAUAUCCACAAACCAAAACAAUGUGUGAAGAUAAAGGUGUUGACAACCAUGCUCUAUUGGUUGAAAAGAGCUUUCUAAAUGAAAAUAAAUCUCCUAUGGGAGAGUGGGAGAGACAUACAAGAGGCAUUGGUUCAAAAAUCAUGUUAGCAAUGGGUUAUGUGCCGGGGACCGGAUUAGGCGCGUCAAGCGAUGGGCGUGUUCAGCCGGUUGAAGCUCGCGUACUCCCAGUUGGUAAGAGUCUAGACCAGUGCAUGGCCAUUUCCGAGAGAAAUGCAGCUCAAGACCCAUUAAAGGUGGAACAAAAACUAAGAAGAUUACAAAAGAAAGAAGAGGAGCGCAACAAAAGAGCGUAUGAGAGAGAAAAAGAGAAGGAAAGACGAAAUGUAUUCAACUUCCUUAACAAAACUUUAGGUGAUAAGACAGAGGCUGAUAUUGUACCUGAAACCUCUUUGGAUGUAAAACAGUCUUCAAGCAAAGAUCUAAAUAUAGAACAGUUUAAAAUAACAGAAGACAAAAAACGAAUUGAAAAAGAGAUCAUCAAACUAAAUACUUCAUUAAUCAAAUAUCCAAGUGGAUCCAAUGGCCACAGAAGUAUUAACAUGCAGAUUAUUGAGAAAAACAAAGAAUUAAGUAAUCUUGUGCAGAAAGAAAAACAAAUAUCUAAGGAACAAUCACACAGAAAAGAUAAACAAAAAAUGACAGUUUUUUAACAAAUGUUUGUUUUAGGAUACCAAUUUAUUUCAAUUAAGGAAAUAAACACGUAAGGUGUAGGAAAAUAAAAUGUGUUAAGAAUAUUUUUGGU